AUGUCACAAUCAACCUCCCUCCGCGUCGGAAUCCUCCUGAUCCCACCGGUGCAACUCCUCGACGCCUCCGCCAUCGAUGCCUUCGGCAUGUUGACUCCCUCAUACCUUUCAGCAUGCGGUCUGCCCCAACCACUUGUCGACCUCGCAAUCCCCGUCUCAAUCCACUACAUCAGCACUUCCGGCCCCGAUACGCAUGUCUCCAUGACCUCUUCCGCAACCCUCCCAGUGACAGACUCCCUAGACUCUCCCGCCGUACAACCAGGACAACUCGACACGUUGCUCAUUCCCGGCCCGGACCCGAACCUCGUCCCCGAUGAGGCCGUUUCAUCCUUUAUCCGCGCGCACCAGAAAGCCGACAAGACGGAUAUCCUCGUCAUUUGCACGGGUAGUUUCCCUGCCGGCUACGCUGGACUAUUGGACGGGAAGCGCGUCACAGGUCCGAGAGCUCUAGUGACCAAGUUGAAGGAGAAAUUUCCGACCGCUAAAUUCGUGGACCGGAGGUGGGAGAGGGAUGGUCGGCUAUGGACUUCCGGCGGAAUCACCAACGGUCUCGACCUGACCGCUGCAUACCUACAUUACAAGGUGCAAAAGGAGCUAGCAGACCUAGUCUGUGCGAUGGCAGAAAUCGGCGAUCGAUCACAGGACUACGACGGUGGGAAAGCAAGCAAUAUGCUCUGGUGGAUUUGGUUGAUUAUCAGGUCAGCGAUUAAAGGUAAGAUGGGCACCAAGGAUAAAGCGGCCAAGGAGAAGAAACAGCAAUAG